CCGCGAAGCCCCCCCCUUCCGCAACUCCGACGACUGCAUCCCCCCCACCCACAUCAACAUUGCCAUGACCCUCGAUGCUAACUACCUCCGCGGCACCAUAGCUGCCGUUCUCUCCAUCCUUCAACACACCUCCUGCCCUGAAAACAUCUCCUUCCACUUCCUCUCCUCCCGCUCCAACCCCCACAUCACCUCUACCAUUCGAUCCACCUUCCCUUACCUAACCUUCCACAUCUUCCUCUUCGACUCCAUCCGUGUUCGCGCUCGCAUCUCCCGUUCCAUCCGCCAAGCACUCGACCAACCCCUCAACUACGCUCGCAUCUACCUCGCCGAUAUCCUCCCCCACAACGUCCAACGUGUCAUCUAUCUAGACUCCGACGUCAUCCUAGUGGACGAUAUUCGCAACCUCUGGAGAGUGGACCUCGCGGGUCAGGUUAUCGCCGCGCCGGAAUACUGCCACGCUAACUUCACCAAAUACUUUACCGACGCAUUUUGGGCAGACCCGGGGUUUGCCCGAACUUUCAAAGGCCGUCGUCCGUGUUAUUUCAACACGGGGGUGAUGGUGAUGGACGUGCAGAAAUGGAGGGCGGGGAGGUACACGGGGAUGAUGGAGGACUGGAUGGGGGUUCAGAAGCAGAAGAGGAUAUACCAUCUCGGGUCCUUGCCGCCGUUCCUUCUGGUGCUGGCUGGUAACAUCAAGGCUGUCGAUCAUAGAUGGAACCAGCAUGGGCUUGGUGGGGAUAACAUCGAGGGCCGCUGUAGGAAGCUGCAUCCAGGACCUGUUAGCCUGCUUCAUUGGAGUGGAAAGGGGAAGCCAUGGCUGAGAUUAGAUUCGAGGAAGCCGUGCAGUGUUGACCAGCUCUGGGCUCCUUAUGAUCUGUAUAGAUCUUUUUCGCCCACUCUUGAAUGAUAGAAAGCUGAUGAAAGAGGCGGGUAAUGAGUCUUGCAUGGGAAGGGGAAGGCACGUUGA